AUGGACGCAGGCAUUGGCCUCCUGCCGGAGGAGCAGCGACCAAGGCAUGCUGUUGGACACAGCACUUGCUGGCGCUGGGAUCACUGCCUGCAGCUCAGCCAAACUCUGGGAGGCGGCUGCGAACGCCAUGUUUUCCAGCAUGGAGCUUUGGUCACUUCAAGUCGAUGUGGUGUCCUUCGGCGCGACUCUGCAUGCAUGCGAGCUGGGUGGGUGCUGGCACUCUUCUUUGCGAAUUGUGCAGCAGAUGGCGAUCCUGUUUGUUCGGCAGAAUGUAGUGGUGCUUGGCGCGGCAGUAUCCUCUUGCAGAUGGGCCUCGAAAUGGCAGUGGGCAACACGCCUUCAAGCACAAGCUUCCUUCAAGCCUGGCCAAGCCUCUGGGAAUGCAACUAG